UUUCAAUGUUUAUAAAAAUUGACGAAACAACAACAACAAUCGAUACUUAUUAUCCACCCACCUACACACAUACAGAACGCCUAUAUCAUUGUGAUAUUCCAAGACAAAAUUGCCGCAAAUUUUAUUCUCGUCAUUCUGUUAUCGUCAAAAAUUCUUGCGAUAUUUUUCAUUUUCUUCAUUACUAAUUGACUCGACUCAAAUCCACUCGAAUCGAUUCAUACAGAGAACAAAACAAAACAACACAAAAAAAUCUAUCGAAAGGUUUCAUUUCUUAGCACUGUUUUGUUAUUCUUUCUAUCUAUCAUUAUCAACAUACUUGCUGUGAUAUAGUUGUCUAUAUCAAAUAUCCAAACACACACACAUACACACAAAUAGUCAUUUCAACUUUAUUAUAAUUUAAAAAAUUAAAAAAAAACAACAAUGAGUGAUAAACAUAUUGAAACUGUGAAUCAUUUAAAGAAAAAAUUGGAUAAAGGUGUUAGUUUUGAAAAGACAAUGCAUAUAUUAUAUAAAUUACAAAAAAUACCAAUUUCUGUCCAAUUAUUGGAGGAAACUGGUAUCGGUUAUAAAUUACGUGAAUUGAGUAAACGUGAAAAAAAUAAUGAUGUUGGCAAAACGGCUAAAUUAUUGAUUAUGGCAUGGAAACAAUUUCUGAAAGAUCAACAAGAACGGCAAGAAAAAGAAGAUGAUGACGAUGACGAUGAUGUUGUCGAUGAACAUGAUGAUGAGGAAGAACAAGAAUAUGAUGAUGAUCAUUCUAAACAUCAACAUAAACAUCGAAAUGAACGUCAUCAUUAUCAACAACAACAACAACAACAGCAGCAGCAUAAUAAUAUGGAUUCCUGUGAUGAUGAACAACAACAACAACAAUUCAAUGGCAACAAUGAUGAUGAUGAUGAUGAUGAUGAAAUUGGUCAAAAUGUUUCAGAUAAUAAAUCAGAAGAAAGUGGUGUUAGUCCACCACAACAACAACAUCAAUAUAGCAUCAGUAAUAAUAAAAAGAAACAUAAGAAAAAGAAAAAAUCACGAACCAAAGAGAAUAUGAUGGAUCCGAGUGAUGAUGAAAGAAAAGAAAAGAAAAAAGAUAAAAAACGUAAACAUCGUGAUAUUAAUGAAGAUGGUGAUGAUGAUGAUAAUAUGAAUGGUUUCGAUGACGGUGGUAACAAUAGAUUAAAAUAUCAUCGAUUGGAAAUGUCAUCGUCAUCAACAUCAUCAUCUAGAUAUAUGGAUAAAAAUAAAAAAUGUGAUAAUGAUUCCAGUUUUAAAUAUUCAAAUGGUGAUAUAAUUGGUAUUCAUGAUGAAUCAAAUUGGAUUAACAAUAAUGAACAACAAUCUGUGCAACAACAAGUAACAGCCACAAAUAAACGAAAUUCAACGAAAAUGAAAAACAUUUCUUCUACUUCCACUACUACUACUAUUUCGAAUGGUGGCGAUAUGUUUAGUUCAAUGUUAAAUAUGGGUGAUCAACAUGUGUUACAAUCUACCAACAAGCAUGGGAAAACUUCAAUAACUAAUUAUGGUCGCAAUAAUCGAAUGAAUCAAUCUUUUUUGAAUGAUGAUGAUCAACAGCAAUCGUCAUCAUCAUCGUCAUUAACUUCGAAUUUUGAUAGAGAAAUGAUGCAAUCAUUGAAUUUAUCGGCAAAUCGAUAUGAUCCAAGCUUAUUUCAAUAUUAUCAAUCACAAUCAAGAUCGAAUAAUAGUAAUGAUGAUUUAGAUAAAAAUCAAAUGAUAAAUAUGGCUGGUAUGAAAUUUAAAGGCCGUACACAGGUAUAUGCUGGUUCAUCGAAAGUUGUAACCGUUCCCGAAGUAUAUCGAUUACAAGAUAUUUGCAUUAAAGUAUUGAUGAAUCAUGUGAAUAAAAUCUAUGAAGUUGGCGAUUUACCAUAUUUUAUAUUGAAACCAGUGUUUGCUAAAUGCACUGUACAACAGCUACGGCGAAUCGAACAUUAUAAUCCGCAAUUAUUGGAAGAUACAGAUGAAUUGUGGCGUGAAUUUUGUGAAAAAGAAUUCAAAAACAAACGAAUGGAUCACAAUAGAUUUGAAUCAUGGCGUGAUUUUUAUGGCUAUCUUGUUGAUGAACGUGAACAGAAAUUGAAAAAUAUAACCAAAAAUAUCAAUUCAAAACAACGUCAAGCAAUACCUGAACGUAAAACACAACAAUUGGAAGCGGUUAAAACACCAAGAGAAAUUCGUCGACGACAAGAACGAAAUUUUGGCACAGUAUAUCCAAUGAAACGAACAGGUAGUUCGGUAUCAUCAUCGUCAUUGCCGAAUAAAGGAAAACCUGCGCCAUUGAUGAAGAAGUUACUACAAUUGCGGCAGAGUAAAAUACGCCGAUAAUAAUAAUAAUAAUAUAAAUCAUCAAUCAAUCAUUUAUUCAACAAUUUU